AUGUCAGACGAUGUGGCUGCCAAGGAAAAUUUGCAGAAGGCCAUCUCAACAACGGAGCACGUAGUGGCUUCUUCAAACGAGUCACAUCACUUCCACGGCUCCGAAGAUCAAGACUCAGAUGUCGACCAUGAGCCCAUCCAAGAACGCUAUGGAAACCCAUCAUACUCUAGAUUCCGCAAAGUGGCCUCCAAAACGAUUGUUUCAUUCGGGCCUAAUGACCCAGAAAACCCUGUUAACUGGAGAGCGAGGAGGAAGUUCCUUGUUCUAGCAUCUGGUGUCAUGCAGGUCAUGAACAGUACUAUCGGCUCGUCAAUUUGUAGCAACGCCAUCCCCCAGAUUGCCGAAGAAUUCCACAUUACCAACGAAACAGUCCUUGUCUUGCCAAUCUCCAUCUUUCUCAUCGGAUACAUUUUAGGACCGUUGCUAUGGGGCCCUAGCUCUGAGUACUUUGGCCGGAAGCCCCCUUUGCUCAUCGCCUAUGUUUUAUUCAUGAUAUUCACACUGGCGUGCGCUGUCGCAGAUUCAUAUGCCUCUUUGCUUAUCUUCCGAUUAUUCAAUGGCAUGGUUGCGUCGGCGCCUAUCGCUACUGUCGGCGGAUUAUUCGCUGACGUUCAUGACGAUCCAACACUGCGAGGUCGCCUGAUGGCUUAUUUCAUGGCUUGUACAACCUUCGGGCCAAUAAUUGGCCCUUGGGUGUCUGGUUUCGUGGCAGUUGUCAGCUGGCGUUGGUGCUUUUGGAUUGGACUCAUUUUGUCAGGCGCUAGCUUGCCAUUGGUUAUCUUCAUGCCCGAAACCUAUGCCCCGGUCAUUCUAAAGCGUCGUGCACACAAGCUACGCAAAGACACCGGCAAUUCAAGCAUCGUUUCGCCAUUGGAUGUUCAGAGUCGCAAUGUGCGAGAAAUGCUUAUCAUCACCAUCUCACGACCCUUCCGCAUGAUUAUACAUGAGUAUAUCGUUUCUCUGAGUUCGCUGUAUCUUGCUCUGGCAUAUGCAAUCUUUUACCUCUACUUCGAGGCAUAUCCAAUCAUCUUCCAAGGUGUCUACAAAAUGAGCCCUGGUGUGUCUGGAUUGAUGUUUCUACCCAUCGGCAUCGGCGCCAUCCUUGCCUGUGGCGUCUUCAUCUGGUACGAUGGUUACCUAGCACGAGCGAAGGCCCGCAACGCCAGCUGGGCAUUCAUUGAGGAAUACCGCAGACUCCCCCUCGCCUGCAUUGGUGGGCCACUAUACGUGAUCUCCCUCUUCUGGAUAGGCUGGACAGCCUCGCCAAACAUCCACUGGGUCGUACCUUUCCUUUCCGGCAUUCCCUUCGGAAUGGGCUACCUAUUAAUUUUCAUGGCUAUGCUGAACUACCUGACCGAUGCGUACGAGACACUCUCUGCCAGCGCACAGUCUGCUGCAAGCUGCACACGCAGCAUCUUGGGAGCUGUGCUCCCGCUCGCAGCUAAGCCGAUGUUCAACCGGCUCGGCGUGCCUUGGGCUUGCAGUUUGAUUGCCUUUCUCAGUCUGGGUGUCUCGAUAAUUCCGUUUGGUUUCAUUCGCUACGGCGACCGCAUCAGAGCAAACAGCAAGUUCUGCCAGGAACUCAAGCGCAUCAAGGAGGCUGAGCGGUUGGAGUUGGAGAGAGAGGAACGUCUCGCGAAUGGUGAUGAUACCCUUGAGCCUAUCCCGUCCCGCAAUACUGGGAUUUCGAUGACAAGGAUCGAUACUGCUCGUACGGAUAAAGCGUCGAUUAUUUGUUGA